AUGUCGAGUCCAGCAAAACGGAAAGCUGAGAAAGGUAUAUCGCCACCAAAACCAAAGAAGACUAAGACGACGACAAAGACGAAGACUGAGAUCCCCGCAUAUCAUCUUACUCCAUCAAGACAGGACGAGUCGGGAGAGAAUGUCUGGCCGGCGAGGAAGGAGCAAAUUGAACGCGCGCGAGAGAUUAUCAGAGAAUGGUACAACAAGACGUACUCGAUGGAUGAGAUAUCAGCAGCACUAGGUACCCAUGGUGAUCUCGGAAGCAGCAUCAAGUGGCAACCCCCCUUUCCAGACAUGGUCGCAACAUUCAAGCAACAUCCUAAAAAGUCCAUCAAUGAUGCCGUGGCUUUGGCCAAUGCGCCACGUAGAUCGGCAGCAUACAACGUGCGCGACGCCUGGGACGCCGUCAUCUCCGCCAGCAGUCCCGGAGACAUCUCAAAAGCCGACAAGCUGAAAGAUGCAAGCAUGGAAGUACGACGAGAAACCGAACGCUGCACCCACACAGCCCCCAAGUUUUCCGCCGACGCCACAAUCGCCGUUCUGACUAUAUCAAGCGCCGCGCAGAUCCAUCCCGUUAUUGCAACACGCUGGUCCGGCACCCUCAAAUCUAAUAAACUCGAAAUCGUCAUGUGCGCAAAUGAAGGUUACCUGCCCGAUAAAGUCAAUUUCUCAUGUCGUGUCGCCAAGUGUGCGAGAGCGCGCGAGGGAGAGGAGAAGGUCGAUAUUAUUAAGAAGUUGGAGAGUAUUGUUGCGGGCGACGAGGCGUUGAGGAAGAGGCUUGGGGAGAGCUUUGCGAGGGGGCAUAAAGAAGCUAGUGGAGGGAUCGUAGGAAAGGGCGAAUGGGAAGAGUUUAAGAAGUUGAUGGGUGUAGGGGAAGCGAAGAAGAAGGCGGAUGGGAAGAAGGAGGAGAAGCCGACGCAGAAGAAUACUUUGGCGAACUACUUCGGGAAGAAGGAUAAGAGCGUCAAGGUGGAAGGUGCUUAG